UGUUUCAAAUAACAGUCGAGGGGUGUUUUCUGAAGGCUCCGGAGGCUGUCCGUUUGACAUUGACAUAAGAUUUACACAUGAACUGAAAUGCUGACAUCACAUUCACCUUCAAUUCUCUUGGCACCUACAGCAAAUGGAUUGAACUUCAGCUUGUCUUCAUUACUUCAAACUUUCCGCAUGCUGUUGCUGAAGGAAUAUUGACAUUCACUACGGGUAAAUUGGGCCAAAACAUUUUACCAGGAAAGAGUUUUGGGAAAAUUAUCAGGCAUGAUCCUAAACAACACCACAAUCCAAACUGGCCUGCCGGAGGACAUUAGAAUUGCUCUUCUUGUUUUAUAUAUAUUCAUCUUUCUCGCUGGGACUCUGAAUGUUGUACUAAUGUCCUGUAUGCUACAGUCCCAAAGACGUCUCUCUUUUACCAAAGUGUCUGUGAUCAACCUGAUAGCAGUGCACUCUUUUUUCCUUCUCACGGUGCCCUUUCGCAUUUACUAUUAUGCUUCUGAUGGAUUCUGGAUUCUGGGCAUACAUUUCUGCAAAAUUGUCAGUGUUAUGAUCCAUGCCCACAUGUAUCUUUCAUUCAUCUUCUAUGCCUUCCUUCUAAUUGUGCGCUAUGUGGAGCACUCUGUUCGGCACCACAAGCUAAAGUUUCAUCGCAUUCUUCACGCUACAAUUGCAAGUGCAACCGUCUGGUUGGUCAUAUUCGGCUCUCUGUUCCCAGCAACCAUUGCUAAAUAUGGAAAGGCACAGAAUGACUCAACUCAUUGCUUUCAUUUUGGUAAGGCUCUCAUGGAUCCUACUGUGAAAACAUUAAACUAUGUCAUUUGUAUACUAGUAAUACUGGUUUGGAGUGUGCUGGCAUUUUUCCAAGUUUAUUUUCUGCUCAAAGUGAGUAAGACAUUUGGAAAGGCCACAUGUCAACGUCAGGAGUUCUGGGCACAACUGAAGAACGUUGUUUUCCUGUUGGUCGUGUUUUUUUGUUUUUUGCCCUAUCAAGGAUUCAGAGUGUAUUAUGUGAGUGAAUAUGGCAAGACUGAAGAAAUGAAUUACAUAAAUGAAGUAUUACUUGCUUUCACUGCUUUCAGCUGCAUUGAUAUGAUUGCUUUUGCUGGUAGAGAUGUAUGCAAACUUAUAAAUUCAAGGGGAUGGUUUUCCUGUUCAUAGAAAAUUGUUGUAUGUUGUAUAUUGUGUGCACAAUAUUAUCACAUGAGCCAUGUAUCAUGAUUUUUAUUGUAUUCUUAGGUACCCUGCAAUUCCCACCUCUAAAUGUUUGGA